AUCUCCACCCAAUAGAGCACCUUUGGGAUGUGGUGAAACAACUGAUUUGAAUCGUGGAUGUACAGCCGACAAAUCUGUAACAUUUCCGUGAUAAUAUUAUCUCUAUAUGGACCAGAAUUUCGGAGGAAUGUUUCCAGCACCUUGUUGAAGAAUUCCAAAUCUUUUGGUGCAAAGGGGACUACUAACUAGUAUUAGAAAUGUGUACAUCAUAGAGUGGCAAUACAACUCAAGUAUAUCUGCACAAGCCUGCAAAAUGUCUUGUGCAGGCCCCCCAUUUCAAAGUCAAAACUGCCUUUAUCAGUGCAUUAAACACCACCGAAGUAUGCAUAUCUAUUCUGCAACAAGAACCUGGCUGCAUUGCACUGGCUGAACCUUUUCCAUGAAACCUUUCCAAAUGAUUUCCAGAUGUUUCACAAGGGGCCGGACUCUUAAACAGGGCUUUAACAUCACUGUGAGCAGUGCCUGUUGUUUCCACACUGUGGAGUUCCUCUUCUUUCUCUCCAAACAUAAGGAGACAGUCAGUCUAGCUGAUGGAGAAAAUAUGUGGUCAGCAGAUCCGGAGCCAUGAGCUCGAAACUCCUGCCGUUUGACAUUUUUGUGGAUUUUUGAUUCAACCUAAAUGCACGGGAGGACAAACAGCAUGCAAAGGAACAGCAAUUACGUAACAAACACAUAUGAAACAGGAAAAAUAGAAGAAGCAGAAGCAGAAGCAUCAUUUUAAAGCUGAAUUGAAGACUGCAGCGACUCCUUUGGAAGUUUGUUUGUCCACAGAUUUAACCUGAGCAACUCGCUUUGGUGGGUUGGUGAGACAGCUGUUAAACAAUUUGUGAGAAACACUGUUUAACAGAACACCGAUUGUAUAUCCUUCUCAAAAACAUCCAGUCCUGUCAAUCACAAUGAAAGAUGACUUUGCUGAUGAGGAGGAUGUUCAGUCAGUUGGAUAUAAGAGGUUUGGAAUCCAGGAGGGAGCUCAGUGUACUAAAUGUAAGAGCAAAUGGGCUCUCAAAGCUGCUGUUGUCUUGCUGUAUGUGCUGUGUACCAUCCUGACCAUUAUUGUAGCAGUGCUGGGUUACAAAGUGGUCCAGAAGGUGGAUAAUGUCACUGAAGGAAUGAAAAGUUAUGGAGGAAAAAUAAUUUCCAUGGAGACAGAUAUAAAAAGUCAUGAUGAUGAGGCUAGCAUGAAAUUUGAAAGAACUUCCUCUGAGCUGCAAAUGUUUCGUUCUGGGUUAUUAGCAUUACGUUGCACGCUAGCUUCAGUCACACAGCAUGUCAGCGACAAUGCCGUGGCGCUCAAACAGCUCCAGACAUCCUCACAGGAUGUGUAUCUGUCACAAGACCAUCUACGUUUCCAGCUGAAGGACCAAACAUCAAAGCUGCAUUUGGUAAACUCCACAUUAUUUUCAAUUGCAGCGGUCACACCUGUGCUGCAGAAAAACACGUCCCGAUUGCAACACGAACUACAAGAGAAUAUGAAUGAACAACGCAUGCUGAAGCUCACGGUAGACAAUCUCGAUCUCACUCAGACACGACAGGACGCUUUUGCCUUACUGUUGCAGCAUACUCUUGAGACCUCAGCCCAAAACACACAAAACAUGCGCAAUAAUGCACUAGCACUUAUGCGUGACACGCAACUAGUUCGUAGUGAUGCCGACUGGCUGCGAGAAAAGAUACAGUAUCUAGAAAGAGUUAAAGGCAAUGCAUCAUUCCAGAUUCAAAGCAUUGGAGAAGGUCUUGAGGAUUUGAGUGCUCAGCUAUCUUCCAUAUCUUCUCAGAUCUUAAAUAUUAGCAUGCUUGGUGAUGUUAACGCAGGAAACCUGCGUUCAUUACUGGACCAGCAGCUUGACUUUGGAAACCUAACUAGUGGACGCUUUGACCAACUAGAAAAACGAUUGGACAUGGUGGAAGAGGAAGUGGACCAGGUGACGGGAAACAUUAGCUAUACAACACAGCUGCUCGGGGGGGUUAACAUCGAGUUGAGUGAAUUGAGGAGUUGCUCGGACACUCUUGGACGACAUUCUGACCUUCUGGUGGGUUUGAAUGGGAGUAUGGCCGUGGCGAGGUCAGAUGCUUCAUCAUUGUGGUCACUACAAGAUGAACUUGUGGCACGACUCGAUAUGGAGGUCAGCAGCCUGUCAGUCAUCAUGGAGGAAAUGAAACUGGUGGACAGCAAACACUCUCAGCUAAUCAACAACUUUACCGUAUUACAGGGUCCUUCUGGCCCGAGGGGCCCUCGUGGAGAUCGAGGUCAACCAGGUGAAGUAGGUUCUCCUGGAUUGAAGGGUGAAAGAGGAGAUAAAGGAGAGGCAGGUGUGUCUGGUCCUCGAGGAGAGAAGGGAGUGGCUGGGGCUCUUGGAUUCCCAGGAUUGAAAGGUCUACCAGGACCACGCGGAGACCCGGGUCCCAAGGGCCCAAGAGGUUCAGGAGGCCGUGCAGGGCCCCCAGGCACCAAGGGAGAGCAAGGUUCCCCGGGACUACCAGGACGAGAUGGUCUGCCAGGACAUCAGGGUGCUCAGGGGCCAGCAGGAGUCCGGGGCCCAGUGGGCCCAGCAGGAGAGCCAGGACACAGGGGCCCAACAGGCCCAAUGGGAGCCCCAGGACCACCAGGGUUAACAGGCCUCCCGGGCAAAACUUUAGCAGUGCCUGCACUACCAGUAGUCCUGCAAAGAGAGCCACCUGUGAUGGAUGCUCAGGCAGCUGGUUGUCCUCUUGGUUGGUUGAGGUUUGAAGACCGCUGCUAUUUCUUUCACAUUGAGCCACUGAGCUUUGACAGUGCUCAACAAUAUUGCAACAAUAUGUCUUCCUCAAUGGUCAUUAUCGGUGAUGUUGAGGAACAGCGCUGGCUGCAUCUGCAGACUGUGGGUCGAGGGAAUUUUUGGCUGGGACUCACAGACAGGCAGGAGGAGAAUGUCUGGCGAUGGGUGGAUGGAUCAGAGCCUGUCUUUACAAAGUGGAGGCCUGGUCAGCCCAAUAACUGGAGUCAUGGGCACGAGCAGGGUGAAGACUGUGCAGGAAUUACUCAUGGUGGCCAAUGGAAUGACUUUUAUUGUGAUGAACGCCACAGCCUCAUCUGUGAGAAGGCAACGGACAGAUCUAUAUGAAUCCUUGCAAAGAUCAGAGGACAUUGUAGCAGUACACGUGAAUGUGGUGGAUUGACCCUGCAUGAUUGCCACUGGUAGGCCAAUCUGACGCAAGUAAUAUGAGGC